UCAUGAUGGACUACAAGAAUAAUGCGAGGGAUUAUAUAUAGGAGCAAUAUUGUAUAUUUGUAUGUCAAUAAUUGUAGUAGUAUUGUAGGAGAUGGAUAGAAAAAGUACUGGAGAGACUAGUUUUUAACGGAGAACCGUUGGGAACAGCAAAGGGAAAACCAAGAGUACUGUGGGCCAUGAAAUCAUUUUGGUUAAUUUAAAGCACUGUUAAUUAAAUGCAGUAUAUAUCUGUAGUGACAUAUAUAUGUGUGUGUGUGUGUGCAUGUGUGUGUGAAAUUUCAUCUUUGGUGGGCUUAUAAAAGGAUUAAGGUGUUGGGUUCUCUCUUCUUUUAAAGCAAGAUUAAGUACUGUAAGGUAAAAAAAAAAAGAGAGAGAGACAGAGAGAGAGAGAGAGGUAUAAUUGAGGAAGUUUGAUGGAAGAACAUCUGAGUCCAUUAGCAGUAACUCAUCUUCUUCAACACACUCUUAGAAGCUUGUGCAUUCAGGAAAACUCUCAGUGGGUUUAUGCAGUGUUCUGGAGGAUCUUGCCCAGAAACUACCCUCCACCCAAAUGGGAUAUUGGUCAAGGAGCUUAUGACAGGUCAAGAGGAAACAGGAGAAACUGGAUAUUGGUUUGGGAAGAUGGGUUCUGCAACUUUGCUGCUUCUGCAGCUGAGAUCAAUUCUGAGGACUGUACUCCUGGAGCCUCCUCAUCCGUCUAUGUCAACUGUGAAUUUCAACACUACCAAGGUCUGCAACCAGAGCUUUUCUUCAAGAUGUCCCAUGAAAUCUACAAUUAUGGUGAAGGAUUGAUAGGAAAAGUGGCUGCAGAUCACAGUCACAAAUGGAUAUAUAAAGAGCCAAACGACCAGGAAAUCAAUUUCUUGUCAGCAUGGCAUAACUCUGCAGACUCACAUCCGAGGACAUGGGAAGCCCAGUUCCAGUCCGGUAUUAAGACUAUUGCCCUGAUUGCAGUUCGAGAAGGUGUCGUCCAGUUAGGAGCUGUUCACAAGGUAAUUGAAGACCUGAGCUAUGUUGUUCUACUAAGGAAGAAAUUCAGCUACAUAGAGAGUAUACCAGGUGUGCUGUUGCCACACCCCUCAUCUUCUGCAUAUCCUUUCAAUGGCGGAGUACCAGACGCAUGGCACUUCCCCGCCACCUACGACCACUUCAACCAGCCCAUGAAGAUAACACCCUCCAUGAGCAGCCUUGAAGCACUCCUCUCUAAGCUCCCAUCUGUCGUCCCACCGCCACCAGCCGCUCCUCAACCACCAGCUGCCUACUGUGACCCACAUCCACACUUCAUACCCCCAUCCCAGAGGCCCAUGGAGUUGAUGGGAAUGGAGAAAGGUGCUAAAGAAGAGAUUGAUGAGGAGCAAUAUAGGGCUGAAGGUGAUAUGGGUGAGAGUAGCAGUUCAAUUUCAGCUUACAGUCGUCGUCAACAGCAUUACCAUCAUCAUCAAGACAUGAAUAUAAGUAGCAGCAGCAGAGCAAAUCAUGGAUUUUUAAGUGAUAGUUAUUGAUUAAUUAGAUUAUCAUGAUUGUUAUGUAGGAAUUAAUCAGGGCUUGGUUUAAUGCUGUCUAACGUUGAUUAAUUAGAAUAUAUAUAUUAAGCGUCAGUCUGCUACAUAUAUGAGUUUAAGGAGAUUAUUUAUUUGCUUGGGAGCUGUUUGUUAGCGUUAGAUUCAAGGUAUAUACAUGAUGCAUAAUAAAUUGCCU